AUGCGACGCGCGAGCGAGGCGCUGGACGCCGAAGUCGUCGCGCACGAUUCGUGCGGGUUCGGAUUGACGGCGCGGCCGAGGGACGUGAAAAAGUACACGCGCGCGAGCGACGCGAAAGCGUGUCGAGCGAUCGCGCGCGAGGUCGGCGGCGACGCCGCGGCUCGUUCGCUCACGCUGAUGGGUCACAGUUUAGGCGCCGUCGGCGCGGCGCUCGCCGCGGCGCAGGGUGGAGUGGACUACGUCGUUCUCGUCGCGCCGGCGAUAAUCGGCGGCAAGCUCAGGAAGAACGACGCCGGCGAUGACGCCGCUCUUUCGCUCCCGACGUUCGUGCGCGUCGCGUUCGCCGCCGUCGGGGCGGCUGCGGCGACGGCGGCGUGGUGCCUGACGUGCGCCGUGAAGCCGUUUCUCAUCCUCCUCUUGCGCAAGCUCGUGCGCAGCAAAGAGUUUUGGACGAAAGGUUUGCGCGCCGCGAUAGAUCCUUCGCGAGUCGACGCGAUGGCGAGCGACUGGAUCGAUGGGUAUCGCAAACCAUCCGUCGUGCGAGACUGGGACGUAGGGAUGUUUCGCGUCGUCUUAGCCUCCGUCGUCGCCGCGAGUUCGCCGCGCGAAAUUUGGCGAGACGCCAUGGCGCGCGCUCGCGCGACGACGCAGCCCUCGACGUUAGAGCGCGAAGACGCCGUAAACGCCCUCGUCGAGAGCGGUGCGAAGAUUCUGAUCGUCCACGGCGAGAACGACGUCAUCGUUCCCGCGAGUAAUUCGCGAACGCUCGCCAAGUUAUUAAACUGCGAGCUUCGCAUCCUUCCUAAAUGUGGACACAUGCCGCACGAAGAAAGCCCAGAGGCGUUCAUCGACGUCUUACGCGACUUCAUAUCGUAG